AUGAAUGCGAAGUGGCAACUUUCAACCGCUUACCACCCGCAGACGAAUGGAUUGACCGAAAGAGUAAAUCGAACGAUUUGUUCAAUGCUCAUGCACUAUUGUCAGGAACAAAAUCAAACUAAAUGGACGCGAAUUUUGCCCCUAAUUAAUUUCGCUUAUAAUUCAAGUGUCAACCGAAUUAAUCAAGUUUCACCCUUUUUUCUCUUGUAUGGGAGAGAGCCAAUGCUUCCCGUUGAUUUACAAACUAACCCCGAUGUAAAGAAGACAACCCUUGGUGAAUACAUGAAAUUUAUGAAUCAUGAAUGGAAAUUUGUUAAAGAACAAGCGCAAAUCCAUUCUGCAACUUCGCAAGAGAAACAAGCUGAAUAUCAUGAUAAGAAGAAUAAGAUUAGAACUUACGAAGUUGGUCAAUUGGUUCUACGCGAAUUCAACCUCAGGGAAGGGAAACUUGGCCCAAAAUACGAAGGACCGUUUCAAAUAAUUAAGAAAAUGGGUAACACCACUUACAUAGUGAAACGAGAAAAUUCAACGGACGAGUUUAGAGUUCAUGCAUCGCAAAUAAAACUCUACCACUGA